AUGCUUUUACGAAAACUUGUCCUUUUGAAACGAAGUAUAUUUCGCUUACUCUUUAUUAUUAUCAUUCUUCUUAUUGCCGUUAUAAUUUCAAUCUAUCCGCCGUUCAGUGUCCAACGGGUUACACUUGACUAUACUUCGCCAUUUUCCAGACGAGAUUCACCACAAGUAACAUCCCUUCCAUUUCCAAUACCUAAGAAUUAUUUGUUGAUACCGUACAAAGAGUUUGUUCUAAGAACAUCGAUUGCUUGUCGAAUGUUCAAAUUUGAGUAUCCACAAAAAAACCCAUUGGCAUUACAUCCAAAAUAUUCGAAAUAUUUAAAUGGUACAUUCCGUUUCGUAAUACCCUCUAAGAAGAUAUCAUAUGACGAUAUUGAACAAUUUUACACCGAUUUAUCGUCACCAAAAUAUGAAAACCAAGAAUUUGUUCCUACGCACACAUCGUUUGCGAGUGAUUUAACGUUUAAAAAUGUACCCUACGUCUAUAAGAACGGUAUGUGGCAACCUAUCGAGGUUAGGUCGUUUCAGCGAACUGCCAUUUUGGUACCACUUCAAGGUCGAGAUUACAAUGCUAAAGUAUUUCUACUAAAUUUACAUGCCUUUUUUCGUCGACAAUUGUUAACAUAUAAAAUAUUUAUUAUCGAACAGAUAUAUCCGCAAAACAAAUUUAAUAAAGGUCGCUUAUACAAUACAGCCUUCAAUUACAUUAGAAAUCGUUCAUCACUCAACAUAACCUGUUAUGUUCUGCACGAUGUUGAUUUAAUACCCGAUGAUGAUAGUAAUUACUAUACGUGUGAAACAAAAAAUCCAAAGCAUACAACAUCACGCAUUAGACAAUUAAUAAAAGCACAGUAUGUGAAAUAUUAUGAAUUUUUAAUUGGAGGAGUACUAAUUCUUACUUACGAUCACUAUAAAGCAUUAAAUGGAUUUUCCAAUUUAUAUUGGGGUUGGGGUGGUGAAGAUGACGAUCUCGCAUUACGCGUGGUUCAACAACGAAUGUGUAUUAUUCGACCGCCUGCUGAAGCAGCUAUUUACAGUGCCCUUCCUCAUCAAAGAGGUCAACGAAACUCUCAACGUUUCGAUUUAUUAACGUGGUCAACAAUCCGCAUGCAUACUGAUGGUUUGAGUAAUAUUGAAAAUUUGACGAAUAUUGAGGAAAUAAAAGUAUUGACUACAGUUACGCAUCUUAAAGUUAAUGUUGAUGUCAUUAAUGAUGCUGGAAGAAGUAAACGUACAUCUUCAGCACCAUUAGAAAGGACGAAAACGACUACUUUGGAAACGUUGUUUUUGCUAAAAAAAAAAGAUACUUAA